CUUUUUAACUCAUCACAUGAAGACUUCUGUGGUCUACUAGAUUACCGUAUUCAUCCUGUUUUCUUUGUUCCUCCCUCAUCAAACAAAAACUCAAGAGAAAUGGUAGGAAAGUGGAAGCUAAUAGUAGAUAAAGUCAGUGAGCUAGUGAAGUUAAUUAGAGAUCCACAAGAGCGCAUAGAUGACUUGCUCUGGGAAAAACUGCACCAACUCCUUCACGUUUUUAUGAACAUCUGGAUUCUGUUGGUAGAUCAACUCAACCAGAUUCUACCACCAGAGAGAAGAUCAUUUGUAGAUGAUUUUGAGGGGAGAAAGUUUGAUCAACUCUUCCACAUCUUGGAUAAUAUGUGGGCACUAUUGGUAGAAAAGUUCGACCUGGUUGUGCCGCCAGAGAAAAGAUCACUGGAGAUGAUCGAAAACUUCCUCUGGGAAAAAAAUGUUCAACACUUCAACAUUUUGAAGAGCAGAUGGGAGUUGUUGGUAGAAAGAAUCAGCAGUGCAUUACCAUCAGAAACCAGAUCAGAGAUUGUGGGUGAAUGGGUUCGCGUUGGGCUCACUGCCCUUGUAGUGGUUCUUCUCUGUGUCUACUGCUGCAGGAGCAAGAAACGCGGGCACGGCGCGGGGAAGAUGAUGAAGGCACCAGGUGGAAAGGGUGCAGUCAUGGGAAGGGACUCAUUUGAGGACAAUCCGAAGGACUACUUCCGCAAUCUUCAUGCUCAAAAGAAGAAGAAGUAGGAGCUCUGUUAAAUCCUGUAGAUUUUAGUUGUUCAUGUGGUUACAAAAUGUGCUUACUUUUGACUUUGGCUUUUGUUUGUUAUUGAAGUUUGAAUUAGUAGCACUAAGGCACUUUCUCUUAUGAGUGUAAAACUUGUUUCUCAACUUGGUAUGUAAUCGCCUAUGAGAUGUUUGAUUGAGUAAUGCUAACUGUAUUGUCAUUCUGGUACCUGUUGGUACUAUAAAAUACAAGUAUACGAGGCCGUUGUGAA